AUGUCAUCCCUCAAAACACUGCAUCCCGGCUUCAGGCCUGGCAUGACCUAUGCCGCGGCAUGCCAAGUACCUCCGCUUACGGAGCUCCCUCCCGCACUGGAGCCCACUGAUUUUGGCCUCCUCCCACCAAUAAUGCAUUAUGGCUACAUUAUAGACAGGUCGCAGUUCUCCACUAUUGGGACAGCAAAAUUUGGAAUCACCCGCGAGACAAGUGGCGGCGGCUGGGAGGAGGUCGCACUGCACAUGGUCGCGAACGACAUUGCGGGCGCUGUCAUUGACUAUCCAAUAAAGGUAGUGCGGGUCUGCACAGGGCUAAAGAGACCCCUCAUUCUAUCCCUAUCUUCAAAUUGGUACCCCUGCGAGCAGUUGGAGGAGUUGGACGCGAGGUUGAACACUAACCACCACUGCCACCCUAUCAUGUCGUCUCUGAAAGAUAUUCAUCCCGGCUUCACACCCGGAGCGCCGUUCGCCUUGGUACGCCAAGUUCCCGCGUACGAAGACCUACCGCCAGUGCUUAAGCCAACCGCGUUUGGUCCCAUUCCUCCAAUCAUGCACUAUGGCUAUGUCAUUAGUUUCGAACAAUUCUUCGCAAUUGCAGCGACGCAGCUUGGGUUCUCCAAGGAGGUGGAUGGCCCCGCGUGGUCAGAGGACAUAGCAAUGCACCAAGUCGCCGAUCACAUAGCGAGCGAAGUGAUCCACCAUCCCGCAAAAGUCGCGUGGGUGUGCGUAGAUCGAAAACGGCCAUUCCUUCUCUCGCUAUGUACGAACUGGUAUCCGAGCCAACGACUGGAGGAGGUGGAUCCGAAGGUGCGGGAGUUUCUUGGUAUAGAAGAGAAGGGGAAGUGGUACUUGGAUGUUACGCAGAGGAAAUGGCGAGCGUAA